GCGACGCGGCCUCCUCGAUCGGAGUCGAAUCGAACGUCGUCGACGCGCACCCACCGCGCGAGAAGCGACGCACGCGUUGACGCGCGCGCGACGGACGCUCUCUGAAAGAGCUACGCGAGCGGAAGAGAAAAAGCGCAGCCGGCGUCGAUCGCCGCGCCUCGUCGUUCUUUUCGGAGUCGACGGUCGCUGACGACGCGACGCGCGCGGCGCCGUCUUCAUCCGCGAACGACCGACCGAGCACUCGCACUCGCACUCGCACUCGCACAAAUCGAUCGCCAUGGGGAAGACGCCCGCGCAAGAGAACAGGCUGAAGGCGAAGAAGGCUGGGAUGUCGCACGAGAAGAUGAAGGAAGAGAUGGCGAACGACGUCCGCAACGCGAAGAAGCUGAAGAACAAAGACUUGGAGUUCGGGCGAGAGCAAGGCCUGAAGACGAAGGCCGCGGUCCAAGCGCAGAGGCUGAAGGACAUGAACGACCCGACGACGGAGCUCGGGAAGGCGACGAUGCGCGCCGCGAGGAAGGCGGCGAAGGAGGCGGAGGAGUUUCUCCUUCGCACGAAGGGGAUCUCGAUCAAACAAAAAGAAGUCCCCGAGGGCGUGGACCCGAAGACGAUCCUGUGCGAGUACUUCCGCCACGGCUGCUGCGCGAAGAGCGCGGAGCGGUGCAAGUUCUCGCACAACUUUGCGGUGGAGAACAAGCGCGCGGGCGGCGUCGGCGACGCGAAGCGAAACAUCUACGCGGACGACGAGGCGGAUGAAAACGACACGAUGGAGCUCUGGGACCAGAACAAGCUCGAGGCCGUGAUCGCGAAGAAGCACGCCGCGGAGAAGCCUCCUUCGAACGCGACGGACAUCGUGUGCAAGCACUUCAUGCAAGCCGUGGAGGCGAGGAAGUACGGGUGGUUCUGGUCGUGCCCGGGCGGUGCGGAGUGCAAGUACAGGCACAAGCUUCCGAAGGGUUUCGUGUUCAAAUCGGACCUCGUCGCGAUGAUGCGCGCGGCGGCGAUGAACAAAAAGUCCGACCAGGACGACCUGAGAGAGGCGCUCGAGAAGCUGAAGGACUCCGGCCCGGGGACGCCGGUGACCUUGGACGUCUUCCUGGAGUGGAAGACGAGCAAGGCGAACGCGCGGAAGGAAAAGGAUGACAAGGCGAGGGAGGAGAGGCAAAAGAAGGGGCGGUUCACCGGCCGCGAGCUGUGCGAAUCCGCGGAGAUGAACCACGCCGCGGACGAGGGCACGGACGCGGACUCGGAGGAGUUCAAGGAGCUCCUGCGCCUGAAGAAGCAAGCGGAGGAGGAAGAAGAGGCGAGAGUCGCCGCGGAAGCCGCCGCCGCCGCGGAGAAGGCCAAGUCCAGCGGCGCGGAGUACGGCUACUCCGAGUUUGAGGACGUUCCGUCCGUGGGGAUUUCCAUGGAGGAGCUCGACAACAACCGCCCCGUGGACGCCAACUCGGACGAGGACUUCAGCGACGACGACGCCGAAGACGGCGGCGGCGCGAAGACCGGGGACGAUGGCAAGCCCAAGGCGGUGAUCAAAGCCGGCACGUUCGGGACGACGACGCAGAAGCCGGCGCCGAAAGGAGACAGCGAGGGCGGCGCCGCGGGCCCGCGUAAGCGCGGCGCCGGCGCCGGCGCGAAAGUCGCCGCCGCGCUCGAGGGCACGGAGUUUGACGACACCGAGGAAAAGUACGAAAAGGAGAAAAAAGACUCCGCGUCGCUGUCGGAGCUUCUCGGCACGGACGAGAUCGACGAGUCGCAGUUGGACCCGAAAGAGCUCGGUCGGAGGCUCGCGGAGAAGAAGGCGAAAGAAGAAGCCGAGUCCGCCGCGCUCGUCGAGAAGGUGGCGAAGGAGAAGGAGGAGAAAGAGGCGAGAAAAGCCGCGAAGAAAGCGGAGAACGAAGCGAAACGCGCGGCGAAGAAAGCGAGCAAGGAUAAGGGCAAGAAGGGCGGCGAAGAGGAGAUCACGACGCUGGAGCAAGCCAUGAAGGGCGUGGACGUCGCCGCCGCGGAAUCCGCGCAGGCGGGGUCCGGGAAGAUCGACAAGUCCGCGCUGAAGCGGACGGUCACCGGCGUGCUCGCGUCCCGCCCGACCGCUCGGGAUAUCAAGAUCACAAACUUCUCCAUGGGGAUGAACGGCCGCGAGCUGAUCAAAGACUGCGACAUCGAGAUCACGAUCGGACGCCGAUACGGCUUGCUCGGACAAAACGGCUGCGGGAAGACGGGGUUCCUGGAGUGCCUCGCUCGCCGCGAGGUCCCGAUCCCGGACCACAUCGACAUGUACCACCUAAAGGAGGAAGCGGAGCCGACGAAACGCAGCGCGAUCCAGACCGUGGUCGACGAGCUCAAGAACGAGCUCGAGCGCCUGCAGAAGCUCGAACAGCACAUCAUGGAGAACUUCGGCCCCGAUGACGAGCGCCUCGAAGCCAUCUACGACCGCCUCGACGAGAUCGACCCGAAUACGUUCGAAUCGCGCGCCGCGGAGCUCCUCCACGCGCUCGGGUUCACCGAGACGAUGAUCCACCGGAACACGGAGGACAUGUCCGGCGGGUGGAGGAUGCGCGUCGCGCUCGCCAAGGCGCUCUUCGCGGAGCCGACGCUGCUCCUCCUCGACGAGCCGACGAACCACCUCGAUUUGGAGGCGUGCGUGUGGCUCGAGGGGUACCUCGCCAAGUACAAGAAAUGCCUCAUCCUCGUCUCGCACUCGCAGGAUUUCCUGAACGGCGUGUGCACGCACAUCAUCUGGAUGACGCAAGGGCGGUUGACGUACUACACGGGCAACUACGACACGUAUCAGCGGACGGUGAGGGACAACGAGAUCGUGCAGCAGAAAAAGUACGAGAAGGAGCAGGCGGACAUCGCGCACCUGAAGCAGUUCAUCGCGUCGUGCGGUACGUACGCGAACGCGCGAAAGCAAGCGGAGUCGAAGCAGAAGAUCAUCGAUAAGAUGGUCGCCGCCGGGCUCACGCCGCCGGUGAUCAAGGAGCGGAACUUUUCGUUCCGGUUCCCGGAUUGCACCAAAGUCCCGCCGCCCGUGCUGCCGUUCGACGACGUCUCGUUCGCGUACAGCGGGAAGAAGGAAGAGUACCUGUACGAAGACCUCGACUUUGGCGUGGACUGCGACUCUCGCAUCGCGCUCGUGGGCCCGAACGGCGCGGGGAAGUCGACGUUACUGAAGCUCAUGACCGGCGAGCUCACGCCCACGAAGGGCAACGUCACGCGGCACCCCGCGCUUCUCAUCGGGAAGUACCAUCAGCACUCCAUGGACGUCCUGGACAAAGAGUCCACCGUGCUGGACUUCUUCAUGAAAACGUACCCGAACAACAUGCAGUUCAAACGCGACCUCGACGAGUGGAGAGCGUAUCUCGGACGGUACGGCGUCAGCGGGAAGAUGCAGCUCACGAAGAUUGGGGAGAUGUCCGAGGGGCAGCAGUGCCGCCUGAUUUACGCGAUGAUCUGCAUGCAAAAGCCGAACUUGCUGCUUCUGGACGAGCCGACGAAUCACCUCGAUUUGGAGUGCAUCGACACGCUCGCGGACGCGAUCAACGCGUACAACGGCGGCGUCGUUCUCGUGUCGCACGACUUCCGGCUCAUCGACCAAGUCGCGAAGCAGAUUUGGGUGUGCGAGGACAGAACCGUGCGGCUGUGGAAGGAUGACAUUCGCGCGUACAAGAAGCAUCUCACGCAGAAAGCGGAGAAGGCGGCGGCGGCGAAAAAGAUUUAAGGGAGGGGGCGCGCGCGAGCGUUCCCUCGAUAUGUUUACUACGUAGGACUGGACGUAAACCCGAGGCGACCGACGUGACCUCGCGUCGAUCGAUCGUCUCGGUGGCUGUCACCUCGCGUCACCUGAUUGAAACGAAAAUAACAACCUCGCACG